AUGGGAGUUUUUAUUCAUUCGUCUGUAACAACUCCCUCUCUCUCUUUCUGUCUCUCUUUCUGCCUCUCUCUUUCUCUCUUUCUUUUUCUCUCUCUCUCUCUUUCUCUCUCUCAGACAUACACACAGUUUGAUUACUUGCGUGCCAUUUUCUUUUUUUGUCGCAAAAACUCCACUCGUGAGAUUUGGGGCGAAGGCGUGAUUUUUUGUCUCCUCUUUCUCUCUCUUUUUCUCUUUCUCUCUCUUUCUUUUUUCUCUCUCCUCUCUCUCUCUCUCUCUCUCUGUUAUCUCUUCGAUGGACUCUGUCACACUCUAUUUUUCCAUUCAUUCGCCUGUAACACUUCUUUCUUUCUUCUUUCUUUCUUUGUUCGUUUCUUUCUUUCUUUUUUCUUUCUUUCUUUCUCUCUCUCUCUCUCUCUCUCACACACACACACACAGAACUGCCUUUUGCUACUGCAGUUCGUGGAGCAUUUAAGGUACGUCUUCUGCCAGCUUCUUCUUGAGCUUCAGACUGCCUUUGCUACUGCAGUUCGUGGAGCAUUUAAGGUAAGUCUUUUGCCAGACUUCUUCUUGAGCUUGGAGCAGACUGCCUUUGCUACUGCAGUUCGUGGAGCAUUUAAGACUGCCUUUGCUACUGCAGUUCGUGGAGCAUUUAAGGUACGUCUUUGCCAGCUUCUUCUUGAGCUUCAGACUGCCUUUGCUACUGCAGUUCGUGGAGCAUUUAAGGUUAGUCUUUGUCAGCUUCUUCUUGAGCUUCAGACUGCCUUUGCUACUGCAGUUCGUGGAGCAUUUAAGGUACGUCUUCUUGAGCUCAGACUUCUUCUUGAGCUUCAGACUGCCUUUGCUACUGCAGUUCGUGGAGCAUUUAAGGUACGUCUUCUGUCAGCUUCUUCUUGA